GGGUAACCUUUUUUCUCCACGUCCACCCCGCGCUUCGCUCGGCGUCCCCGGCAAAAUGCACCCCAAAACCCCGCUUCUCCUCCUCCUCUUCUUCGCCGCCGGCGAGGCCGCGGGGACCACCCUCACGGCCACCCCGGCGAAGCUCACCCAAUCCGACCAAGAAAUCAAGAUCCGGUGGUCCGACCUCCCGUCCCCGGAUGGCCUCGACCACGUGGCGAUCUACUCCCCGCCGUCCUCCAGCGACCGCGACUUUCUCGGCUACAUCUUCCUCAAUGGCUCCACCUCCUGGCGCAGCGGCCGAGGAGAGCUCACCAUCCCACGGCUGCCCAACCUGCGGGCGCCCUACCAGUUCCGCCUCUUCCGCUGGCCUGCCAAAGAGUACUCCUACCAUCACGUCGACCACGACGGCAACCCGCUCCCCCACGGCCGCCACCGCGUCGCCCUCUCCGGCGAGGUCGCUUUCGCGGGCUCGGCCGCGCGGCCCGAGCAGGUGCACCUCGCGUUCGCCGAUAGGGCCGACGAGAUGCGGGUGAUGUUCGUGUGCGCGGACGCCGGAAAGAGGGCUGUCAGGUACGGGCUUGAGAAGGAGGAGGAGAAGGGCUGGGCGGAGGUGGGCACGGAGGUGAGGACGUACGAGCAGAAGCACAUGUGCGACGCGCCGGCGAACGACAGCGUAGGGUGGAGGGAUCCGGGCUUCGUCUUCGAUGGCCUCAUGAAUGGGUUGGAGCCCGGAAGGAGGUACUUUUACAAGGUCGGUAGUGACCCGGGAGGAUGGAGCAAGACAUACAGCUUUAUUUCACGUGACAGUGAGGCCAAUGAAACCAUUGCUUUUCUCUUCGGUGAUAUGGGCACUUAUGUACCAUAUAACACCUACAUCCGCACACAAGAUGAGAGCUUGUCAACGGUGAAGUGGAUCCUCCGUGAUAUUGAAGCCCUUGGAGAUAAGCCUGCAUUUAUUUCGCACAUUGGGGACAUCAGUUAUGCCAGAGGCUAUGCUUGGGUGUGGGACCAUUUCUUCAGCCAGAUUGAGCCUAUUGCAGCCAAUACUCCAUACCAUGUCUGCAUAGGAAAUCAUGAGUAUGACUGGCCUUCACAACCUUGGAAACCUUCGUGGUCUACAUAUGGAAAGGAUGGUGGAGGUGAAUGUGGAAUACCAUACAGUGUCAAGUUCAGGAUGCCUGGGAAUUCUGUUUUACCUACUGGCAAUGGAGCUCCGGACACACGGAAUCUCUAUUACUCUUUUGAUUCAGGUGUCGUGCAUUUUGUAUACAUGUCGACUGAAACUAAUUUCGUUCAGGGCAGCGACCAAUACAAUUUCCUAAAAGCUGACCUGGAGAAGGUGAACCGAAGUAGAACCCCAUUUGUUGUGUUUCAGGGCCACCGGCCCAUGUAUACCUCGAGCAACGAAGCCAGGGAUUCUGCCAUGAGACAGCAGAUGAUCCAGCAUCUUGAAUCGCUCUUGGUGAUGUACAAUGUGACCCUUGCCCUGUGGGGACAUGUCCAUAGGUAUGAGAGGUUCUGCCCCAUGAAGAAUUCACAGUGUCUGAACACAUCAUCAAGCUUCGUAUACCCUGGUGCCCCUGUUCAUGUUGUGAUCGGGAUGGCCGGACAAGACUGGCAACCGAUCUGGCAACCAAGGCGUGAUCAUCCAGAUGUUCCCAUCUUUCCGCAGCCUGGGAUCUCCAUGUACCGUGGUGGUGAGUUCGGGUACACAAAGCUGGUAGCUACCAGGGAGAAGCUAACACUGAUGUAUGUCGGGAACCACGACGGACAAGUCCAUGACAUGGUGGAGAUGUUCUCUGGACAAACAUCUACUGAAGCUAGCGCUACUGAGGCGGUCAAUCAAACAAAGCUCAGCUCGGGAACCAGCACCAAGCUGAAGAUUUCCCCAUUAUACUUGGAAAUUGGAGGUAGUGUGAUGUUGGCAUUGCUGCUUGGUUUUGCCUUGGGAUUUCUCCUCAGGAAGAAGAGAGAAGCCGCACAAUGGACUCCGGUGAAGAACGAGGAAUCCUAAGGAUCAUAGAUAUUGUCCCUUCGCCUUCAGAUACCGUCUGAGACGAAUCAGAUCGCGCAUCAACACAGUAAUGUCACUUCUCAACAUUUUUUAGGUUCUGUACGUAGCGCUGUGUUUCCUAGCAGAUACAGUGUUUAGGUGUGGUGUGGCUGCGUUUGUAUAUGCCAGGCCUGGGCAACACAGCUUUCUCCCUCCAGUGUACAAUAGUCAUCCGAAAUAAGCAACACGUACGAUCUUCACAUUAUGGUAGUGUUGGUUAGUGAGAAUGGUUGACCUGUAUCAUAAUGUAACACGAUCCAUUUGUCACUAUUGUGAUCAUUGUUGCUCUUU